CGUCACUGGCAGCCUCUCUCUCACCUUCUUCCUGCUGCAUCAUCACUGCCUCUGCUAUCCCGAGGAGCUCUGCAGCAACUCCCUGUACAAAAAACAAAUAUAUAUAUAUAUUAUACAGUAAAAUAAAAUCCUCCUCCUGCCCUCCUCCACUCCCCCCCCCGAACCAGCAAAAAUAACAAGAAACACCACAAAACUGCUCUGGAAAACCCCGGGACAUGGCCAGGCUAGAACAGGUGCUGCUGCUGGAGCCCGAGCACGAACUCAAAUUCAAAGGUCCUUUCACAGAUGUGGUCACCACAACCCUGACUCUCACUAACCCCUCCGACAGAAAAGUUUAUUUUAAAGUGAAGACGACGGCCCCGCGCCGGUACUGCGUGAGACCCAACAGUGGAGUCCUGGAUUCGGAAACAUCUGUCGAUGUGUCGGUUAUGCUCCAGCCGUUUGACUAUGACCCUAAUGAGAAAAGCAAGCACAAGUUUAUGGUGCAGUCACUGAUGGCUCCGGAUAACGUGACUGACAUGGAGGGAGUAUGGAAAGAUGCAAAGCCGGAGGAGCUGAUGGAUUCCAAGCUGAGGUGUGUCUUUGAGCUUCCAUCAGAGAAUGAGAAAACACAUGAUAUCGAUCAGAACAAGAUCACGUCCACGAGUGCGUCGAAGUCGGAGUCUUCGUCAUUGUUCAAGUCCGCCAGCUCCACCCUGGAUGACAGCGAGGUGAAGAAGAUCCUGGAAGAGUGCAAGAGGCUUCAGGCUGAAGUGCAGCGAUUACGGGACGAGAACAAACAAAUGAAGGAAGACGAAGGGCUGAGGAUGAGGAGGAGCGCCCCGAUGACGGGCGGCCCCUCGGGAGGAGCCAGCGCUGCUCUUGUGAAAGAGGAAGGGCCCACCGCCCGCCUGCUCGCUCUGGCUGUGUUGUUCUUAAUCCUCGGUGUGAUUGUUGGAAAACUGGCCUUGUAGAGGCAGCAUGCUCGCUAAGGAAGAAAUGGAAUUCGGAUUAUUGAUCAAAAUAUGCCAUAUCACUGGGGUAGAAUUGAAUCAUGCUAUGUAAAAAAUUAAUAACUACAAAAAUAAUAAAAAAAUAU